AUGUCUGAGACUGCUGACAUCUUCCCUAUUAAGUUUAAAGUCCGUGAUGAUCCAGUCGAAAAAACUUUCGCAAUUGAUAUUCCCCGGAAAGACAAAGUUAGCGACGUCAAAGAAAAAGUGAAGAGUAAACUAGCUUCUCGAUUGAAAGAAAAAUCGGCUGAAGACAUUAAUCUUUAUGUGGAGUAUCCUAUCAAUA